GAAAAGGAGCAAAUGUGCGCGGCGGCGGAGAGGGAGGGAGGACAGCGAGUGCGCAAAUAGGCAGCCAGGCACAUCAGCAGCAGCGGCAGAGCAUCUUCCUGAUCCUGAUCUCCCGUGUCUUCAGCUUCCAGUCCUCUGUGUGCGUCUCUGAUUGAGAUUUCACUGCCCGGCUGAAGUGUCCAGAAGCCUCCGCCAACCAUCACCUCCCACCACACACUUUCUCUGGAGCUCGGUUAUUCUUAGCUCAGCUGCGAGAGACUGUCCUUCCGGUCCUUCUCUUAUUUAUCCCAGUUUCUUGAAUAUUUAAUGGAAAAUGGCGAUCUGCGCGCAGUCGUACGGUAUUUUCUGCCUCUUCACAAUUCAAACUGUACUUAUCAUAUGCGUCUCCACGCCGACAGACGGGACCCAUCUCUUCCCCCAGCACUACACAAUGAUUCACUGGGCUGGACGCAUCGAGAAAGAGCUGGAAAAGGUUCUGCAACACGUCACCGGAACUCAGCAGAUGAGAUCGAUUUAUAAUGAGAAGAAGAGCCAGUUUGAAAUCAAGAAAAACAACCCCAAGGACUUGGUGGAGAGAGUGGCACGGGACAUCUCCAAGCUGCUCAACAGUAAGAGGAAAGCCCUGGAGAAACUGGCCAGGGAGGCGGAGCAGCUUCAGAAGGAGCAUGUAUGGCAAGACGGUGUGACGGAGAAUGCCAUUUCAUACUACGAUUCCAAAGCGGAUUCAGACUAUACGGAGGACGGAGAAGAAGAGAACCCGCUGGAGACCACAACCUCUUUGGAGCUGGAGUUUGUGGACGAUCCCAACUUUAAAAACAAGGUCAACUACUCCUCCAGUGCGGUCCAGAUUCCUACAGACAUAUACAAAGGCUCCCCUGUCAUCCUAAAUGAGUUAAACUGGACCCAGGCUCUGGAGAGGGUCUUCAUUGAAAACCGUCGGGAGGACAGCUCUCUGCGGUGGCAGGUGUUUGGCAGUGCCACAGGAGUGACACGAUACUACCCAGCCACUCCAUGGAGGGCACCCAACAAGAUCGACCUGUAUGACGUCCGCAGAAGACCAUGGUAUAUCCAAGGUGCAUCGUCUCCAAAGGACAUGGUCAUCAUUGUGGAUGUGAGCGGAAGUGUCAGCGGACUCACUCUGAAGCUCAUGAAAACCUCUGUUGUGGAGAUGCUGGACACUCUGUCAGAUGAUGACUAUGUGAAUGUGGCCAGGUUCAACGAGAAGGCCGACGCUGUUGUUCCUUGCUUCAGGACUUUGGUCCAAGCCAACGUUCGUAACAAGAAGAUCUUCAAGGAGGCCGUCAUGCAUAUGCAAGCCAAAGGAACUACAGAUUACAAGUCCGGCUUCACAUUCGCCUUUGAACAGCUUCUCAAUGAAAGCAGCGCCCCGCGGGCCAACUGCAAUAAGAUGAUAAUGAUGUUUACAGAUGGCGGGGAGGAUCGUGCACAAGAAAUCUUUGAGAAGUACAACUGGCCCAACAAAACAGUUCGUGUGUUCACCUUCUCUGUUGGCCAACAUAAUUAUGAUGUCACACCUUUGCAGUGGAUAGCAUGUGCCAAUAAAGGUUACUACUUUGAAAUUCCAUCGAUUGGAGCCAUCAGAAUCAACACCCAGGAGUACCUGGAUGUCCUGGGCCGUCCCAUGGUGCUGGCUGGGCCUAGAGCAAAGCAGGUGCAGUGGACAAACGUCUACCAGGACGCACUGGGGUUGGGCCUUGUCAUCACUGGGACAAUGCCAGUCUUCAACCUCACUGCAGAUACUGUGAGCUCUCAGAACCAGCUCAUCCUGGGAGUUAUGGGAGUAGAUAUUGCAAUCAACGAAAUCAAAAGGAAGACCCCUACGUACAGACUUGGAGCCAAUGGUUACACUUUUGCCAUCGAUCCAAAUGGCUACGUACUGCUGCAUCCCAACCUGCGACCUAAGAUCAUUAACUUUAGGGAGCCCGUCACUCUGGACUUUCUGGACGCAGAGCUGGAGGACAGCAACAAGGAGGAGAUCCGCCGACAGAUGAUUGAUGGCAAAUCAGGGCAAAGGAAAAUCAAGACGCUCAUUAAGUCAGUUGAUGAGAGGUACAUCGAUGAGGCCAUGCGGACAUACACAUGGACGCCUGUGGAUGGUACAGAUUACAGUCUAGGGUUGGUACUGCCCACAUAUAGUGAGAACCACAUCAAGGCCAACCUGAGUGACCAGAUCCUUCAGGUGCAGUUGCCAUACACCAAGGAUUUUGAAUCACUGCUGCCAAACAGUUUUGAGUCUGAAGGACAUGUAUUCAUUGCUCCCAGGGAGUACUGCAAUGACCUGGAACUGUCUUACAACAACACUGAGUUCCUGCUCAAUUUUAUUGCUCUCAUGGAGAAGGUGACACCAGACUCUAAACAAUGUGACAAUUUGCUCCUUCAUAACCUGAUUCUGGACACUGGCAUCAUCAGGCAGCUGGUUGAGAAAGUGUGGAAAAAUAAAGACUUGAAUACAUAUGGCUUUCUAGCCGUGUUUGCUGCGACAGAUGGAGGUAUAACAAGAGUGUUUCCAAACAAGGCUGCAGAAACAUGGGAGGAAGACCCUGAGCCAUUUAAUGCCAGCUAUUACCGCCGCAGUCUCGACAACAAGGGCUACAUCUUCCGAGCGCCUUAUCGAACAGCCAGGGACGAAUUGCUGAACCCAGAAAAUGACACCAUAGGCAUCCUGGUCAGCACGGCUGUGGAGAUCACAAUAGGAGGAAAGACCAUCAAACCUGCAGUGGUUGGAGUGAAACUAGAUCUUGAAGCCUGGACGGAUAAGUUCAAGAUUCUUGCCAGCAACCACACAGACAAUCGUCAAGGCUCAAAUACGUGUGGACCAAACAGGGGCUGUGAAAUGGACUGUGAAGCCAACAGUGAUGAUCUCCUGUGUUAUUUAAUAGACGAUGGUGGAUUCCUGAUCAUGUCCAAUCAGAAGGAUGACUGGAACAAGGUGGGAAUGUUCUUCAGUGAUGUUGAUCCGUACUUGAUGUACGCUCUCUACAACAAUUCCUUCUACAACCGCAAGCAGUCAUUUGACUACCAGUCUGUGUGUGAACGGGUGCCCAACAGUGAAGCUGGAGCUGCGCCCAGAGGAGUGUUUGUGCCUACAAUUGCCGAUUUUGUAAACCUGGCAUGGUGGACAUCAGCAGCUGCAUGGUCCUUGUUCCAGCAGUUUAUCUAUGGACUGGCUUAUCAUAGUUGGUUCGUCACAGAUGAGGUGGAUGCAGAUGGAAUCGAUUCCAAAGAGCGGAGUUGUGUAAUGAUCCAGACCCAGUUCUACUUAAGUAAUCUCAGCAGCUCCUACAACAUACUGCAAGACUGUGGCAACUGCUCCAGGCUGAUUCAUGCCAAGAGGAUAAACAACACCAACUUACUGUUUGUGGUGGCAGAGAAGAUGCCAUGCAACACCUGCGAGAUAGAGAAGCUGUCCCAGGAGGAGGAGGAGUUCAAGGAGGAAAAUCCAUGUGAAGAAAUGGCUGUGGCACGUUAUCGAAAAGGACCGUCCACCUGCUUUGACAUGAACAUCGCCGAGAACACGUCGGACUGUGGGCGAGGUCACUCUUUCCGUCCGUCUCUCUACACUUUACUGCUCAUCCAGCUGCUUCUGCUUUAUCCGGCUGUCAGCCCCCACAUUCACUCCCUACUACAUUAAUUACAUUUUCCUCCACUUAUUCUCCUUUUAGCCCUCCCAAGCUUCUCCCCCGUCCUGAAACCCUCUGCCGCUGCCUCCCCACCUCUGUGCCCCCCUCCCCUCCCAAUAUAGUCAUAGGUUAUAAUGGGACUUCCUAUCACAGCAAGUCGGAAGCCCUGAGUGCCGCGCUACCCAGCUUGCUUCAGUUUGUGUCGCUUAGUGACAACUGCUGGACAUUUGUGUCCUCAGCCAAUUAACCUUCAUCUGCAGGAGGAGUAGGUGGUGCUGGACCACCUGGAUCAUCAGAGACAACGUCUGAAAAGAAAACAAAGGCCCCCACACUCCACCCCCCACGACCACCUCACCGCGUCCACCAUCCAGAGAUGGGAGGGGGGGGGGGGGGGGACACGUCAAUGUCCUCGACACGGAUCUCCCGCCUCACACAGACUGGAGAGUUGAGGGUAUCUUGUCCAGCUUCGCCUCUGUCUGUCGGACAGACGGUGGGACUUCUCCUCCUCCUUCUCUCCUCCAUCUCAGAGUCUCACCGCUCUGUCACUCGCCUCUCCUAACGGGCUGUGCACCGUCCAGCCACAAAUAGCCACCAUAAAAGAAAAACAACAAAAAUAAGAACUGUCAAGUAUACAAAAUGUCAAGUAUAAACUGCUGAAGUGAUGAGUAUUCCAAACAUACAGUAUAUUUAGGUCUCAAUUUGAAAAGGAAGUCGUUAGGUGUUCACCUAAAACGACGUGAAUUCAUGUAUGCACUAUAUCUACUUGCCAAAAUGAGAUAGACUUUCAUGUUGACUUAUUUUUUAUAGCCAAAACACAAGAAGAAGUGGCUCCUGAUUUAGAUUUAGGAUAAACCAUGAGAGGAGGUGUGGAGACGGCCGGAAACUGAAGGCUGAUUCAUUUUGUGCAGCUCCUAAUUACCGAUGAAUGCUUUUAAACGACGUCCACUGGAGAUUAUUGUAAUUACAUGAUGGUAAUGUUUUUCCUUAUAUUGACUAUUUAAGGCUAGUGCUAUCUGUCGUCCACUAGUGACAGCUGUGAAAUAUGAAUCAGCGUUGAGUUACUGCAGAUUUGUUCAGGAGCGCUGUUGAUGUUGUGUAGUAUUCUCCUUUACGAUCAAUCGACCACUCUGACCUCUGGUUUAGACUGAUGUUAAAAAAAAAAAAAAGAAGUCCCUGCACUCUCUGAUAGGAAAGCUCACCUCUGCCAAUCCUCAUGAGGCUUCUCCACUAACCUCGACGAACACUCCUAAUCACGAUUUGUACAUGUGCUCAACUCCUGUUCACACACUCAAACACACCAAGAUCUCUGCCUCAUGACUCUCUCAUAGUAAUUCCAGGUGAGUUUUUCUUCUUUUUGGGCUAAUCAUUUUUUUUUCUUCUUCUUCUUUCUGUUGGGGGCUUAUUUUACCUUUUGACUGAUGCUGUUCAAACUUCAAAACCAUUCGCUGCUGGGGGAUAGGGGCUUAUCAACAUUUCCAACAAAAGUGCAGAAGAGGCCACUAAAUAUGGUGAUCACGUACAGUAGUACUCUGGUUGUAAUCCGUCACAGUUCGUCAUUUGAUCAUUACGAUGUGUGAAAAGUCAUUUAGACUCCCAUGUUUAGGAGCCGCUCUGUUUCAUAGUGCCUUGACGCACUUUGUUUUGGAAUGCAUCGGCUGUAUUAAGAGUAGAGCUACUGUAUAGUACCUUUAUAAAGCAGCCAUCUUUGAGGCUUUGGAGCCAGUGAGACUGAAUCUGUUGGCUAUAGAUAUAGCUUUACACAGAGCCGUCACACCCACCGGCUCUAGCUUAAUGUAUUUGCCCUCUCGGCUGUGGUGUCUGUGCCCCUUCAGAGCCACCUGACUGCCAUCAUAUGGAGUUACUAUACUGUUCCUUUACAAAGCCAUGUAUAGAUCUAUGAUACACUAUCAGUAUACAGCGACUUAACUUUUAGGGCCACCUGACUGCUAUAGUUCUGCCUGAAUCGUAUGUGUUUGUGUAUGGAUGUAUGUGUUUUAGUUUGCGUUAAAAAAAAACCCUCAUAGGGAAUGUCUUUUAAACAGAGUGUGUGAGGGAUGACAGUUGUGGUAGCAUAGCUGUUUUUCCUGUUCCUGUGUUGCAAAGGACAAAAUCCAGUGUUGUUGUAGAGGGAAAAAAAAAAAAAGGGAUUUUACUGAAACAAAAAGAAUCCGUCUUUAACCAUCAGUCGGCUUCAAAAAUUAAUCUACGGGAGCAGAGGUGUCCGAAAGAAUGUGUAGUUCAUCAGUGUUUUCUUUUACAAAUGCAACAUAGUUAACAAAGCCUCUAUAAAUGCCUUAGUGUUACGCAGUACAGAGCUCUGAUACGUCCCCCUCCCCUUUCAUGUACACUCUUUCUCACGCACACACACACACACACACACACACACACACACAAAUAGAUCCUCCAAAAUAUUCACUCCCCUGGGUUUUCUUGGUGUUCUGCAGUAAGUAUAGUGAGCUCUAGUUUUGUAUUUUUACGUCUUGGAAUGAUUCAAUAUCGAUUGAUGCCUGUUCGAUUAAAUGCUUGAAGCGGGUGGGAGUUUUUAAACUUUCAAAAGCCUCCGACCUUCGAUGUUCACAACCCACCCAACCCUCACUGUAUCGCUCAGGUGGGAAGAUUCACACAAUGAUUUGAACCUUAACUUAACACACUCUGUACAGUUGUUGGUACUCUUUGAUGUGACAAACAUGCUGGCACAGUAACUGCAGCGCGGCUCAGAAGAAAUCAGACUCAGUAAAAUAAAAGACAAAAGAAUUGAAAUUUAAGAUUUGUAUUUGCAAUUUGCUCCUUAUCAGAGUUGGGUAGGGGCCGGAUCAUCUGAUGGCGGGUGCAGUUGUACUUUUCUGGCAUUCGUUUGUCUGUCCUGUGCCAUUAAUUCUGUCUGUAUUUCCCUAUUUCCACUGUCUGUAAAUGAACGCUACACGUGCCUGUGGAAAUGUACGCCCUGCAACUUCCUCUCUUUUCCCGGCUCUGUAUGCUUACAGUCUCACACAUAUACGUAAAUAUGUAGGCCUACAGUUUGUGCACCUGCACCAAAACAUUAUGCACAAUGCGCACACACAUAUUUAAGCAAACACGUAAUGACACUUCUUCAUGCCCAGCUGGGAGAUGUCAAGCACCAGGCAGAAGUAAACUGAAGACGUCACGCUAGGUGUUUUUUUUUUUUUUUUUUUUUGUGAGAGGGCGGGAUGUCAGAGGCAAGCUCAGGGAGUGGGUCUCCACAGAGCAGCACGGGCCUGUCAAUCAGAAGGUCAUGGAGGAAUCAUGUAGUGACGUCUGUGUGUGCAUCCCCACGGAAAAUGUCUUCUAAAGGGGCACACGUAUGAUUUCUGUGGUUUGACAAAUUUACUUUUGCCAAAAAAACAAAGAAAAAAAAAAAAGAAAAAACAGAAAAUUGGACCAGCUUGGGGAUGAGAGGGAGGGGUCAGCUUUAGGACACGCCCCUAGAAAACAAGUAAGGGAGGGUUUUCAUGAAGCCCCCUCCCGACCCUCGCUGCAUCUGUGUUGGUGCGUCUCUGUGGGAAAGACACGUGUGUAUGUGAUUCUGUAGUCUGUAGUCUGGUGCUAUGUGACCAUGUUUGACAAGUGUGUGAAAAAAAUAACAUUUAGAGAAAAAAAAAAAAAGUAAAAUCAGUCGAAUUCAAAAAAAAUAUAGGAAUACAGCACUGUUGAUAAGUUUGAGAUCUGAAGUCAAAAUGUUUUUUUUUUGUUUUGUUUUUUUUCAUUAGUUUUUGUUUCUUUUAUUUCUUGUACGUAUGUGAGUGUGAAUGUUUGUGUGUGUGUGGAAGAUUUCGCUCCUUCUUUUCUGGGCACUGGUCCAUGUCGCUCCAUUCUUUUGUACAGAUGAAGCUAAAAAAAAGAAAAAAAAAAGAAGAGGGCAAAAUUUGUAAAAUAUUGUGUCUGUGACUCCUUGUAAAAUAUUUUCAAAUUGUUUAUUACAGAGAAUCAGUUAUUAAAUAAUGUUCAUAUUUUUCACUUCA